AUGCCAUCAGACGGAGAGGGCAAAGCGCAGCCGGUCAACAUUGACGAGAUCGACGCAGUGACAGGCUUCAAGAAAGCCGAACUGUAUGUUUGGAACGCGUACGCUGCCGCGUUCCUCUCCGAGGGCGGUGAGCCGGAGACAGAUGUGGAAUCGUGGAUAGAUGAGUUCUGUCAAAAGUCGGAGGAAAGCGGCGCUAUCUUUGAUCACAACUUCGUGAAGUCCGUGUGCACGCUAGGAAUAUACGCAGGCCCACGUGAUGAGUUCCAGCAGAGGUCUGGUUGUGGCAAAGCGACGUAUGCGUCGGGUGACACCUAUGAAGGGGAGUUUUUCGAGGGAAAAAAGCACGGGAGGGGUCAGUACAUUUUUGCGAGCAAAGGGCGCAGUGAGGCUGACCGGGUCGUUUCUAAGGAAAUGGAGCUGCUCAAAAGUGAGGGCAAGGAUGCAAAAGCGAUGGUAGCAGAAAUCGCUACCAAACUCCAGCUUGGACUUCACGUCGUAGAGGGCAUUAUGCAGUAUGGACAACGUCCGUGUUACCAUGGUGACUAUGUGCGUGGAAAGCGAACUGGUCGCGGAGUCAUGAAAAACAAAGACGGCACCCUCUACCAAGGGGAAUUUCUGGAAAAUAAACGGCACGGACAGGGCGUUUACUACUACCUCAACGGCGACGUGUACUCGGGCAACUGGAAGGCUGGCGCCAAGGAUGGCUAUGGAGCUUACCACUUUGCGGAUGGGAGCGAGUACCGUGGAGAGUGGGUCCGCGGUAACUUUGUGCAAGGCCAGUGGAUUCUGCAGGGAGGGUCUUACUAUGAAGGGAAGUUCGACAAAAUGAACAGACCCCUCGACGACGCUGCGUCGCUGCACUAUCCCAGCAUCCAAAUGGCGCAGACAGGUGCCUUUAAACGAGGUGUCUGGGCCCCGACGAGCGCGCUGCAGGUUUGCUCCGAGGUCCCCGUGGACGGAAUGGCGUGGGCCGAUUGA